AUGCUGAUUUUACUCCAGCUGAUAAAUGUAUUAUUGUUGACCAGCAUUGGCUCCACUGAUGCAGAGAAACCCUUCCACAGUCGGGAUCAUUCCGACCUAGAGAUCCCCUCCUCUCACCAGGCUGAGCUCAUAACAGACCAGGAUACUGCAGAGCUAUUUCUCUCAAGGUACGGCUUCAUAAGACCGGUGAACUGGGAGGAGCUCCAGUUUGACCAAUCAACAGGCAUUUCUAACGAUGAAGACUUUCCCGGGGAGGAAGACCUAUCUGGGAUACAGGAGGGAGACUCGUCGUUGUCACGUGCAGAGACUGAUGAUGAUGAUGACGAUGACUCUCCAAAUCCCACUGAAAGCCAAGCCUUCAUCUCAGCUCUCAGAGACUUCCAGAUGGUGUCCGGCCUGUCUGUCACAGGGCUGUUUGACGACGCCACCAAGGCUGCCAUGAACAAGCCACGGUGUGGGGUCCCGGAUAAGGAGACUGAUGAUGCUACUGAGGAAGUACCCAACUCCACCAGCUCAGCACUUGGAAUCAACACCGCCACCUGGCUAACUAGGAACACAGACACCUCAGAAAACUCUAACAAAACAUUCGGUGGUGUUUUAAAUGGCUCUGCUACUGAUUACACAGUGGACGAUAACAUAUUCACUGACCUUUCUAAUGGCACUGAUGGAAACUACACAGAGGUUGACAAUUCAUUCAGUGACAUUUUUAAUAGCACUGUUAGUACCUACAACAGUGAUAUAUCUGCCAGUAGCACAACAGAAUACUACGACCCACAUCAGAACCGCGUGGCCUCACUGCUGUCCAAGCGGAGGCAGAAGAUACACGUGGGGAGACGUGCAUUGGGAAACAUGGCAUUCUCCAAAAUGGUGCUGAAGUGGAGGCUGAUAGGAGAGGGCUACAGCAGUCAGCUGACCAUACAGGACCAGAGACAUGUCAUCAGCCUGGCCUUCAGGAUGUGGAGCGAGGUGUCUCCCCUGGAGUUUGUAGAGGACACAUCCUCUCCCCUGGCGGUUGUAGACAUCAAACUGGGUUUUGGAACAGGGAGACACUUGGGAUGCAACCAGAAGUUCGAUGGUACUGGACGAGAGUUUGCUCACGCCUGGUUCCUGGGAGACAUUCACUUUGAUGACGAUGAACAUUUCACUGCACCUAACACUGGCAGUGGGAUCAGCCUGCUCAAAGUGGCAGUGCAUGAGAUAGGCCACGUCCUGGGCCUGCCUCACAUCUACAGGACUGGUUCCAUUAUGCAACCCAGUUACCUGCCCCAGGAAUCAGGCUUCGAGAUCAACUGGAUGGACAGGAAGUCCAUACAGCACCUCUAUGGGGGCUGUAAGGGUCAGUUCAACACAGUGUUUGACUGGAUCAGGAAGGAGAGAACCCAGUACGGUGAGGUGGUGAUUCGGUUCAACACCUACUUCAUGAGGGACGGCUGGUACUGGCUCUAUGAGAACAGGACCAACCGAACCCGCUAUGGUGACCCGGUGGCUCUUCAGGUGGGCUGGCACGGCAUACCCCCCGGCGGGGUAGACGCAUGUGUUCACGUGUGGAACAGGAACACUGAUGCUGUCUACUUCUUUAAAGGCACCCAGUACUGGAGGUAUGACGAUGACAAUGACCAGGUGUUUACAGUGGACCCCGAGGGACACCUCUACCCUAGACUCAUCUCUGAGGGGUUCCCAGGGGUGCCCAGUCCUAUAGACACAGCCUUCUAUGACAGAAGGGACUACCACAUCUACUUCUUCAAGGGCACCUAUGUGUAUGUGUUCGACGUGACAGCCACCCGCGUGUCCCCAGGCUUCCCAAGGAAGAUCACAGCUGUGUUCCCAGCAGUAGCGUCUGGGGAUCACCCGGGCGGUAGCAUAGACGCCGCCUACUUCUCCUACACGCACAACGCUGUCUUCCUGUUCAAGGAUACACAGUUCUGGAGGGUGGUGGGGAGGAGCAGAGACCGCUGGAGGAGACCGGCGCUGCCACGCAACGGCCUGAUGCCACACAACGGCCUGCUGCCACACAACGGCCUGCUGCCACACAACGGCCUGCUGCCACACAGGAAGGUGGAGGAACAGUGGUUUGACAUUUGUAACGUUCACCCCUCAGCCCUGAAAGUGGCCCGUCGAUGA